UUUUUUCCAACUCAUCGCCCUCGAAGACACACGAGACCCUUAUACCACCACCGUGGGUAUUUAAGCUGGGCGCCAAUUUUCUAACAGGAGAGGAGAAAAUGUAGCGGCCAGACUGGGGUUCGAACCUUGGGCCUCCGAACACAAGCCGGAUGCUCUACCAAUUGAGCUACCUGGUCACCGAUGAUCGACCCAGUCCAGUCCCGUUACAUAAGUGAUCUAAAAAAAUGUGGGAGCUGCACAUUGAGUCCCCUUAGUCCGGACACCAUGGAUUGGUCAGAGUAUUACCCAGAGUUUUGUAAACCUCCUCCAAACAGCAAACAUGACGACAAAGAAGAUGAAAUGAGUGGAAAGGAGAGACUACCUAGAGUUGAGUUUGCUGAUAUAGGAUGUGGAUAUGGAGGCUUAUUGGUCCAGUUAUCUCCUAUAUUUCCUGAUUCCUUGAUGUUAGGAAUGGAGAUACGAGUGAAAGUGUCGGACUAUGUAAAGGACAGAAUCAAGGCCUUGAGGGAAAACAGUCCAGGAAAAUACCAGAAUGUUGCAUGCAUCCGAACAAAUGCUAUGAAAUUUUUACCAAACUUUUUCCAUAAGGGUCAGCUUUCUAAAAUGUUUUUUCUGUUUCCUGACCCACACUUCAAGAAAACCAAACAUAAAUGGAGGAUUAUAAGUGAGACACUUUUGGCGGAGUAUGCCUAUGUCCUGAGUAUUGGAGGUGUUGUGUAUACUCUUACUGUGUGUUUACAGGGUGUUGUGUAUACUCUGUGUGUUUACAGGGUGUUGUGUAUACUCUUACUGUGUGUUUACAGGGUGUUGUGUAUACUCUUACUGUGUGUUUACAGGGUGUUGUGUAUGCACUUACAUUUGUACUGUGUGUUUACAGGGUGUUGUGUAUACUCUUACUGUGUGUUUACAGGGUGUUGUGUAUACUCUCACUCAUGUCUUUACAGGGUGUUGUGUAUACUCUUACUGUGUGUUUACAGGGUGUUGUGUAUACUCUUACUGUGUGUUUACAGGGUGUUGUGUAUACUCUUACUGUGUGUUUACAGGGUGUUGUGUAUACUCUUACUGUGUGUUUACAGGGUGUUGUGUAUACUCUUACUGUGUGUUUACAGGGUGUUGUGUAUACUCUUACUGUGUGUUUACAGGGUGUUGUGUAUACUCUGUGUGUUUACAGGGUGUUGUGUAUACUCCUACUGUGUGUUUACAGGGUGUUGUGUAUACUCUCACUGAUGUGUUUACAGGGUGUUGUGUAUACUCUCACUGAUGUGUUUACAGGGUGUUGUGUAUACUCUGUGUAUUUACAGGGUGUUGUGUAUACUCUGUGUGUUUACAGGGUGUUGUGUAUA